AUGACAGGAUGUGGACGGUAUCGGAAAGCGGAUUCAGGUGCGAAAAUAUCCACGGCCCCGUUUGGAGCUGCUGCGGGCUCGCACAAAAUCGAACUGCGCACGACUCAGUGCCUCAGUGCUGCAGCUACACACGCUCGCUCCAGAGACGAACGAGCUGCUGUCGUGUGAGCUGAAACAAUGGCGUCCAUCACCGUGGGAGCAUCGGCCGUCAGCUCCAAGCUCACACUCCAAGCCCAGGCCACCUCGGCAGCUCGCUCGUCCAAUGUUGCUGCCCAGGCUGCAUCAUUCAAGAGGUCAAGCCUCGGCGAGUUCUCCGGACUGAAGGCGUCUUCAGCAGUUACCUUCGGCAAGAGCAGCAGCGAGAACGGAUUCUUCGAUGCCGUCGCCAGCCAGGUGGCAGUCAAGGCCGGCGCCAGCGGAGCCAUCAAGGGCGAGACCAGCGCCAAGCUCCGCGUCGCCAUCAACGGGUUCGGUCGUAUCGGUCGCAACUUCCUGCGCUGCUGGCACGGACGCGGAGACGAGUCGCCCCUCGAGGUCGUGGCCGUCAACGACAGCGGCGGUGUCAAGAACGCCGCUCACUUGCUGAAGUACGACUCCAUGCUCGGGAUUUUCAAGGCCGACGUGAAAGUUGGCGACGACACCACUCUGCUCGUCGACGGCAAGCCCAUCACCGUCGUGUCCAACAGGGACCCGCUGAAGCUGCCGUGGGCUGAGCUGGGCAUCGACAUCGUCAUCGAGGGAACCGGAGUGUUCGUGGACGGCCCCGGAGCCGGCAAGCACAUCCAAGCCGGAGCCAAGAAGGUGAUCAUCACCGCACCCGCCAAGGGAGCUGACAUUCCCACCUACGUUAUGGGAGUGAACGAGGGUGACUACUCCCACGAAGUCGCCAACAUUAUCAGCAACGCCUCGUGCACCACCAACUGUCUCGCUCCUUUCGUCAAGGUGCUCGAUGAGAAAUUCGGAAUCGUGAAGGGAACCAUGACCACCACCCACUCUUACACCGGAGACCAGAGGCUGCUGGACGCAUCGCACCGGGACCUGAGGAGGGCGCGAGCGGCGGCGCUGAACAUCGUGCCGACGAGCACGGGAGCAGCGAAGGCCGUGUCGCUGGUGCUGCCGCAGCUCAAGGGCAAGCUGAACGGGAUCGCGCUGCGCGUGCCCACGCCGAACGUGUCCGUCGUGGACCUGGUGAUCAACACCGAGAAGAAGGGCCUGACGGCCGAGGACGUCAACAACGCCUUCCGAGAGGCCGCCAACGGCCCGCUCAAGGGCAUCCUCGCCGUGUGCGACAUCCCCCUGGUGUCCAUCGACUUCCGCUGCUCCGACGUCUCCUCCACCGUCGACUCCUCCCUCACCAUGGUCAUGGGCGACGACAUGGUCAAGGUCGUGGCCUGGUACGACAACGAGUGGGGCUACAGCCAACGUGUGGUCGAUCUGGCACAUCUGGUAGCAGCGCAAUGGCCAGGAGUGGCCAAGCCCAGCGGAGACCCUCUGGAGGAAUUCUGCGUCACCAACCCGGACACUGACGAGUGCAGGCUGCAUGACGUUUAGAGGAAUGAGAGCACAGGACGCAGGGUCUGAAGUGUAGAUUACUUGUACUUUACUCGUCCGUGGAAGGAAUAUAGCUCCCUGGGCCUUAGUCAAUUCAGGCCCGUCACAGAUCAAUUCUCUUCCCAGAUCGGAUGAUACUUUCAGGGCGGCAUCCAUUUCCAACAGGUUCUCCAUCAUGCCGAAAUUUCGACUUCUUUCAACGUAUGGGCAGCUUGUCAAUCCGACGACAACAAUGGAAUAAGAAUUUGUGUAAACGGCAAUCGGUCGUUGUGCAUUCCGACCAUUGCAGCAGUAAAUUUCGAAUGUUUCUAAAAUUCCGU